UGCGCAAUUACGUGACGACAUUAUUCAUGUUUUCAGCCAAUGAGGGACAUGUACACAUUAAAGGCAACAAAGGCACAUUAAAUGGAACGUUGGGAGAAGCAGUUAGCUCUAAUGACUUCAGUCUGCAAAUAAACAGCCAACUGAGCAGCAGUAAAAGCAGGAGAAAUCAGCAACUUAAGAAAUACAAAUAUGGAUGUACUUACUGAACUGGAACAGUUGGAGGAAGCCAUGACACAAGGGCCAGACCCUCUCCAAGUGAUGAUGGAUGAUCUGCUGACAGAGACAGGAGAACCUGUACCUGUCCUUGCUGUGAAGUGUGAGUCCAACACACCAGACUGUAACCUGGUAAAUGUGGAGGAACUUCUGAGAGAGACAAUCAACCAGCUUCUUGUUAAUGAAGAGGGCAGUGACCCCCACAGACGAGACCCUCUUCAGGAUAUUGUGGAUGAGCUACUGGCAGAGAUGGAUGAACCUCUACCUGUUCGUGUUGUGAAGUGUGACUCCAGCAGACCAGACCCUCUCCUGUUGAAGAUGAAGGCACUGGUGGCAGAAACGGUAAAGAGUCCACAUGUCAGUGAGACAGUUGACCCAUUACCUGUCUCCGAAGAGCCAAAAUGUGACCCCCAGCCUCUGCCUUGUCCUCCACCCACUGUCCCUGCAUUGGUUGACCUACAUCCUUGUUUUCAAAAUAACCUAGUUCCUAUAGGAAUAGUGAAUGGAGAGGUGGUGUAUGCACUUCCACCAGAGGCCUUCACGACUGCCUUCUUUCCUGCUGCUCCUCCUCUGAUGACCCCGACAUCCCAGAAAAACGAAGGGCAGUCUUACAUAAAGAAGCCACCAAACGCAUUCAUGCUCUUUAGGCAUGAGCAAAGAUCAAAGGUCAUUGCGGAGCUAAAUGUCAGGAACUGUGCACACGUGAACACUGAGCUUGGGAAGAGAUGGACACAUCUGCCUGAACAGCAAAGACUCCAUUAUUUCAAGGAGGCAGACAGACUUCAGCGUGUCCACCAGCAGCUGUACCCUAAGUGGUCAACACGGUUUAAUUAUGGCAAAAAGAAAAGGAGGGUUAUGGGGAAGUGUCUCACACCUGCCUAACCUCACUGCCUUGACUGCUGUAACUAUGCUGUCAAAUCUUCUGUAAAAUGUAUUCAUUUUUAUAUGAAAUAAACAUAAAGAAGAAUCUUUUGUUUGUGUUUUUAUCUGGUGUAAAACACUUAAUGGAUUAAUCA